AGGAACAUACGACCAGAUCAUCUUUUGGGCUUCAAAAUACAACUUGUGAAAGAACUGGAAGGGGCUAAUGGACAUGGUUCAUCAUCCUCCCCUUCAACCAAACCGGACCAGUGCAAAAUUGGAUCCGCACACGAUGUUUCGUCGGACUGUGAGAUCCACGCGAACACAAGUGGAAAAAAGAGUGUGAAGUUUUGGACAAGAGGUGACGACAAAAAAGAGCAAUCAAAAGGAGAAAUGAUAAUAGUUAAAGAAGCUUCUAUGCAAACAGCAUUAGCAGCGAGCACAAAUGAAAAAAUGCAAAACUCUCGACAAUCAAGAACUCGAACCUUAGGCCUUGCUGACAGCCAAAACAAGGAACCAGUAAGGGUACAGUGGGAUCAUCUAAGAAAAGUACCACCAAUGAUUGAUGAUACUCCCCUAGGAACGAAAGCAUUCCGUGGCCGACGUGGUCGACGAAAUAAGUUGACCUCAGACCACUGCAACGUGAUUCGCAACCAGUUUAUUUUCAGAUCUUCGAUCACGAUAAUGAACCCACUCCACGUUGACUUCAUUUGUCCAGGAGAACUUUCAAUCGACGGGCAACGGCUUCCUUGUUCCACGAAUAUGACGUGGCAUGAA